GUCAGUUCAACCCUCGGCUUAGCUACAAGGCAACUAGAGUUCAGCUUCCCGUAAUCUUGAACCAGGAUUCGACUUAGUUUAAAAGAACUAUCUACAGCAAAUGUCCCCGACUGGAUUCCUAUUUUGGAAUUCGUCCCGCAGUUUCGGGUAACCCGGCCUGCCUCACGGAAACUCUCCAAUGGUAUCCUGCCAGGAUCCAGUUCCUAAUGUUGCGAGGCGCGCAGAGACAGCAAUAUCAGACGAUGUCGUCACAUCCACAUUUUUGGACUUUCCGGCCGAAGUAAACUGCUAUCUUCGGCCCAUUUCCACCUCCCAGUCGUCAUCCCCAGCACUGACAGACCGGAUUCUCAUCGACAUUUUGGUUUAGAAGGAGAUAAGUGUCAUAUAUUCGACACCAUGAAAGUUGUCGAAAAUAGCGUCUUGGGUGAGAAGCCUUCGGGCGCUCCUGUACCAGAAUUUUACACAUCUGCAACGAAGCGCAGAACUUUGGCACAAGCCGCAUCCUUUCAUCUCAAAACACUCUACUUAUUCACCAGAAGCGACGUCAAGACUGUCCUAGCGCCUCAAAUCAUCUUCAUCCUAGCAGCCGUGUUUAGUCGCGAACCUCUCACGACAGCGUUCGAUCGAAUAAACUGCCCAAUUUUCCAAAGGCUACCUCUGGCAAUUCUGUGGAUAUGGCUCAACCUGAUCGUGUGCGGUAUUUCGAACCAGCGACUCGCGGACUCCAUCGUCGAAGACGAGCACAACAAGCCCUGGAGGCCACUCGCUGCGAAGCGACUAACCCCCCCACAAGCCCAGCGACUUCUCCUCGGGAUGAUACCACUCGUUGUAGCUGUGAGCGCAGUGCUGGGUGGCUUCAAGCCGACGAUAUCCAUGAUGACGCUUCUGUGGAUGUACAACGAUCUUGACGGAAGUAGCAUCAACAUCUGGGCUCGCAAUGCGAUCAACACAGGCGGUAUCAUGUGCUUCAGCGCUGGAGCUUUAGAGGUUCUUUCUGGUGGAGAUCUUCUUCCGAAGGCAUGGGCCUGGAUUGGGGUCACCGGCGCCGUCAUUGCCACAACAGUCCAAGCGCUGGAUUUCCCAGACAUGGAAGGAGAUAAGGCUAGGGGCCGCAAGACCAUCCCGCUGUUAUAUGGUGAAGGAGUCGCUCGUGGCGGGCUGGCCGUGUUGGUUCUGCUGUGGUCUACUGCGUGCCCGUUAUUUUGGAACCUUCCACCAGCGGUUUGGGCGGCUCCUCUGGGAGUAGGAGUCUUGAUGGCUGGAUUGACAGUCGUAAGGCAGGACGAGAAGUCCGACGAUGUUGUGGCGAAGCUUUGGUGUUUGUGGUUGGCUGUCUUGUACCUCUUACCUCUUUUCGCAGCGUAGGAAACAUGUCCUCAGCAUAGAAUAAGAACAGAAACAAGUGUGUCC